AUGGAAGGCUAUGUUCCAUCCAAGCGACAGGCCGCUGGACAUGAUGGGUGUAUGAUCUCUCUGGAGAAUGGGUGUCUCUUUGUGAAGAUAACAAGCCAAAAGGAGAUAGAAUUCUACGCAGAAACACAAGCAAAAUCAAAUAGCACUACUGAUGUUCAGGAGGGAACUCAAUUAGUAGACUGGAUGCCGGUUUAUGUCGGCACGCUAACACAAGGUGACAUGAGAGGGAAGGAUAAAGAUGAGACUAUUGAAAUAGAGGACACGGAAUAUAGAAUGGAAAGAGACAGCUUGCAAGACCAGAAACAAAAGAGCGACGACAAGGUUAACUUUGGCAAACCAUACAUUGUGUUGCAGAAUAUGUAUUACGGUUAUACACUUCCCAGCAUAUUAGACAUCAAGUUGGGAUCUUUACUUACAGAUUCUAGUGCCACUCCUGAGAAAAGGGAGCGGCUUCAAAAGAUAUCAGAGACCACUACCAGUGGUUCUUUGAACUUUAGAAUAUGUGGAAUGAAUGUAUAUAAUGGGUCUCUGGACAACAAGCCUGAUGAGAUAUAUGAUGGGAUGUCAGAUCACAUUUCUUCAGUGUGCGAUGAAUCGAAACACUACUAUUUGGAGUACAACAAGAUGUUUGGGAGAUCCUUGACUUCCGAUAAUAUCGCCGAAGGAUUGUUAUCGUAUUUUGCAUACAUAUCCUCCAAUAGAGCAGUAUUGGAAAAGCUUUUAUUGAGAUUCUUGACUAGACUUCAGUUGCUUUAUAAUUGUGUAUUAGAAGAAGAAGUGAGAAUUAUCUCUGGGUCUUUGUUGUUCAUAUACGAGGGUGAUCUAGGAGUUUGGGAUAAAGUAAUAGAAGAGGACUCUAAAUAUGAAGCAGCAGACCCUCUUUUUGGAAGCGAAUGCUUUGAAAACGACGAUGACGAGGAAAGUGAUGAUUCAUCGAACCCCGAUAUUUUGGCCGAUGUUGAGAAAGAGUUCAACAAAGAAAGCAGUACUUCUCUUAAACGAAAGGCUCCGUUGAGCAGUUUAAGCUUAAUUGACUUAGCUCAUGCAAAAUACGUCCCAGGAGAAGGUUACGAUGAGAAUAUUAUUAUUGGCAUUGAGAAUUUAAUACUGAUAUUUGAAAAACUAUUACAUGAUGUAAAAGAAGAAAUAUAG